AUGGUCCCCAGCUCCGCACGCGGCCGAGCAGAGGACCGCGCGAGCCCCGAGCAGCUGAGACGCCCUUCUGCCCGUCCGUCGAGCAGGCUGGACCCGCGCAGGCGCCCCUGGCACGACGUGGCCACCAUGCGUUCCAUGCUGGCCGACGAGAGCGCCUUCUGCGCUGCGCCGCUGCACGACUGGCCUUGGAGCGCCCUCGGAGGGAAAGCCGCCGCCGCCGCCGCCCCCCCAGGUAAGCCGGCCCAGGGCUGGAGCGAGCAAGCAAGCCACGGAAAGAGCCUCCCUCGAGGCUCCCUCUGGGCUCCGGCCCUUCCACCAAGGCAGCGCCUGCCUUUGCUUUGCGACGCCCAAAAGUCAGGCUGCUGGGGUCCAGCUAACCCAGUCUUGCCCACGCUCACCGGCAGCGGUUAA